AUGGUUGCUGUCCUACGGAGAACAUUUGUAAUCAUUUUCAGUGUGGAAUUCAUAAUGGGAACCUUAGGAAAUGGAUUCAUUGCUUUGAUGAACAUCACAGACUGGGUCAAAAGAAGAAAGAUUUCUUUAGUGAAUCAGAUCCUCACUGCUCUGGUCAUUUCUAGAAUCGCUUUGGCUUGCUUGGUAUUCCUAGAUUUGUGGAUAUUUGUGUUCUACCAAGCAUUACACAUGACUGGAAAAAUGUUAAGAUCGUAUUUUAUCUCUUGGACAGUGAUCAAUCAUUGUAAUCUCUGGUUUACUACAAGCCUAAGCAUUCUUUAUUUUCUCAAGAUAGCCAACUUUUCUAACAUUAUUUUUCUUUAUCUAAAAUUUAGAGUUAAAAAUGUGGUCUCAGUAACCUUGUUAGUGUCUCUAUUUCUCCUGUUCUUAAAUGUUGUAGUUGUAAAAAUAUACUCUGAUAUGUGUGUUGAUGGUGUUCAACAAAAUGUAUCUCACACUUCCAGAUUGUGUAACUAUGCACAAAUUUGCAAACUCCUUUCAUUUACCAAUCCUAUGUUCUCAGUUGUACCCUAUGUUAUGUCCCUGGCACCAUGUUUCCUGCUUAUCUUCUCCCUGUGGAGACAUCUGAAGAACAUGCAGCACGGGGCGAAAGGAUGCAGAGACAUCAGUACCACAGCCCACACCAGAGCCUUGCAAACUGUCAUUAUUUCUAUACUGUUAUACACUAUUUUCUUUCUAACAUUUUUUGUGAAAGUUUGGAGUUCUGGGUCACAUGAAAGACACUUUAUCUUUUUGUCUGUCUGGGCUCUGGGAAAUGCUGUUCUUUCUGCUCACCCAUUUGUUCUGAUUUGGGGAAACAGUAAGUUGAGGUACACUUCUGUUUCAGUGAUGUUGUGGCUCAGACACAGGCUAAAAAUAAAGAAGAAUAGGUGA